AUGCCGUCCCUGAUAUUCACUCUCUCCCUCCUAGCAAUUCCUCCCCUGUAUCUCAUCUACAAACCCCCCCCGCUGCUAAUCCGCUACUUACAACGCCACUACCCCGAUAUCCUCUGGCAUGUCCCAACAUCCCCAACCACAGCCACCAACAACGAUUACUGUCCAUGCAAAUGCCCAUCCACAUGCACAUGCAGCAACACAACCAAUUCCAAAAGGGCUCUAAUAGCCCUAACAAUUGAUGAUGGGCCCAGCCGUUACACCUCUGAAAUCCUCCAAAUCCUCAAAGAUAACGAUGCGACUGCCACAUUCUUCGUCAUCGGCUCUCACAUCAGAGACACGGAUGGAGACGCGGAUGCAGAGGCAGAGACAGACACAGACCCUCAAAGAGAAACACUCCUCGAUCUCCUGCGCGCUGGUAACGAAUUAGCCAACCAUGCCAUGCACGAUGAGCCGUCAUGCCGUCUAUCUGAUGCAGAGCUGACAGCCCAGAUAAUGGCCGUAGAGCGCAAAAUAGGGCGUAUCUACGAUUCUGCAAACGCCAAUGACCCCGAUGCAUGUUCAUGCACCUCUUCUGAAAAUAAUCUUACUCCCUCUGCUGCUGCUACUGCUACUACUACUGCUACUGCUACUGCUGCUACUGCUACUGCUACUGCUACUGUUACUGCUACUGCUACUGCUGCUGCUACUGCUACUGCUACUGCUACUGCUACUGCUACUGUUACUGCUACUGCUACUGCUACUGCCACAUCCCCACCAUCAACCCGUUUAAUACCACCAAAAUACUUCCGUCCAGGCUCCGGCUUCUUCACCACGCGCAUGCGCCGCGUCCUGGCCACUCUGGACUACAGGCUAGUGCUGGGCAGUGUGUAUCCGCACGAUCCACAGAUUCCCUUUUGGAGCGUCAAUGCCUGGCAUGUACUGAGCAUGGUGAGGCCGGGUGCCAUCAUCGUCUGUCAUGAUGGGAGGAGCUGGACGGCGCCGAUGCUGCGGAGAGUGCUGCCAGUGUUGAAGAGGAGGGGGUAUCGGGUUGUUACGGUUACAGAGUUGUUGGGGGGGGGUGUAAAAGUGUUCUUAAGGGAGGGUGGUUUGGGUUUUGAUGAGACGGGGGGAUAG